GGAAGGCGGAAAGGAGGGCCCUGCGUCCCGAUCGGCCGUCAGGGGGCGGGGCGAGGCGGGGCCGGGCAUGGUAACGGCUCGGAAACCGAGGGGGUUGGGUCCGAGGGAGGCUGAGGAACCCGUGCCAGCUGCCGCCGCCGCCGCUUCCUUUCCAGCCUGUUCCGCGUGGCUCCCUCGGGUCCGGUCUCGGCCAUGAUGAUCCAUGGCUUCCAGAGCAGCCACCAGGACUUCUCCUUCGGGCCCUGGAAGCUCACGGCAUCCAAGACCCACAUCAUGAAGUCAGCGGAUGUGGAGAAGUUAGCUGAUGAGUUGCAUAUGCCAUCUCUCCCUGAAAUGAUGUUUGGAAACAAUGUUUUAAGAAUCCAGCAUGGCUCUGGCUUUGGGAUUGAGUUCAAUGCUACAGAUGCCUUAAGAUGUGUAAAUAACUACCAAGGAAUGCUUAAAGUAGCCUGUGCUGAAGAGUGGCAGGAAAGCAGGAUGGAAGGUGAACACUCCAAAGAUGUUAUUAAACCAUAUGAUUGGACCUAUACAACAGAUUAUAAGGGAACAUUACUUGGAGAAUCACUUAAGUUAAAGGUUGUACCUACAACAGAUCAUAUAGAUACAGAGAAACUAAAAGCCAGAGAACAGAUUAAGUUUUUUGAAGAAGUUCUUCUGUUUGAGGAUGAACUUCAUGACCAUGGAGUUUCAAGCCUGAGUGUGAAAAUUAGAGUAAUGCCUUCUAGCUUUUUCCUGCUGUUACGGUUUUUCUUGAGAAUUGAUGGGGUGCUUAUCAGGAUGAAUGAUACGAGACUUUACCAUGAGGCCGGCAAGACCUAUAUGUUACGAGAAUAUACAUCGCGAGAGAGCAAAAUUGCUAAUUUAAUGCAUGUUUCACCUUCCCUGUUCACGGAACCUAAUGAAAUAUCCCAGCAUUUACCAAUAAAGGAGGCCAUUUGUGAGAAGCUGAUAUUUCCAGAAAGAAUCGAUCCUAAUCCUGCAGACUCACAAGAAAGUACACUUGUGGAAUAGAAUCGGAUACAACAUGCACUCACCAUGGAAUCUGACUGGAGACCUUGGCUUGUUAGUAGUGGGGUACUUUUAUUAUGAGAAUUAAUUGCCUUGUUUAUGUACAGAUUUUCUGUAGCCUUAAAGAAAAAUAAUAAAAGAUUAUUGCAGGCAGGUACCACUCAACUAAUUGGUGUUUAUACUGUCUAUCUUCAGAUUCAUAUUACAGAUUUCUAUUUUCUGGAGUUAGAUUUGGCUUUCUAAAUUGUCACAAAGUGGUACUUCAGCAUAGUGAUGUAUCUGUCUCGAUGAGCAGUGGGCAUACUCUGCUUCCAACAUGAAGCAUGAGGAAGUUAAUUUAAAUCUCUGAAUUCCAAUACCUUGUGAAUUUCGUAGGAUUUCCUGAUUGUGCAUGUCAAGUGGUAAUGGCUCUUCACUUUUUGAUGUUUUUUGUACUUCUAGAGAGUUGUGACUUGCCACCUGGAAAGUUGAUCUCAUACUUUAAUGAUUAUCACCCACAAAUUUUUUUAAUGCUUCCCCCUCUAAAUUUGAAUUUAAUUUUCUUUUGAAAACUAAAGAAAGUGCUAGACAGUGAACCAAAAAUAACUAGUUCCCUUGGAGAACUUAAGCUUUUUUGUCCAUGGAAACACAUGAACAUAGUUUACCACUGACAGGUAGGAUGUCAGAGCUGCAAAGCUGUCUUUCUUCCUCCAUCUUUAGGUGCUUUUUCUUAUAUUUGAUUUCUCUUGUAUUGACAUUUCUGUACUCCCACUUCCUAUGAAACCUCACAGUGAGUAAAUCCCUUUAAUUUGGUACUGGUCCUAAAAGGUUUGAAGGGCUUAUAGGGAUUGUUUUUUUAGGAAAUAUUACAUUAGCACCUAAAACAACCAGAUUGAUUUUUGCUUAAAAUACUUGGGAAGUAUGUGUGGAGGGGGUUGGGGAGACUUAUUUUAAAAUAUAAAAGCCAGUUUUUCUAUUUUAAUAUUCAUCUUUCUAACAUUAUAGCAACCAGUAAAAUGUAAUUAAUUAGCACAGGACCCAGAUAGAUUCUACAGAAAGUACAAAAAGUAAAUUUAAAAUCCUCUUGGCUAUUUUAAUGAUGACCCUUUAAACAUUUUAUAUACUUUUCUGCCUUUCUAUGUGGUCUUCAUAAAGCGAACAGUGGUUGUAAGGCACCAAGUAAAAUGUAGGGGAAAAAAACACCCCUUUUUUUCUGAUUGGAAAUAACCGUUGUACAUAUUUCUACUUGAUGGAUAAAUCAUUAAAUAGGAAUACUUAGUUGAAAGUAUUAGCAGAGCUGUUCAGGUAUUACCUUGAAGAUACAUUUUAGUGAAAUACAUACACCUGGAUAUUCAUCACUGCCUAAACUAGUGUAUUAUGAGCCAAACUGGCAGGAUGUAUGUGAUCAGCUAAAUUAGCUAAAUUUGAUGAGAAAUGGUUUUGGUAUUUAUCUGCCUUCUGCUGCAUCACCUUCAUGGUAUAGAAAAUCAGGAUUUUGUUGGCUUUAAGAAAAUACAUGGCAAGGUCACUGUAUAUUAACUAUACCUAUAUUUUCUCUUAGGACAGGAAAGUGUAUAUAUUGUACUCAGCUUUCUGCAUUUUAUUUGCCAUGAAGAUUUGAAUAGAGACAGAACUUUAUUCAUGCAAAUUAUAAAAAAUGAAGACCUGUAAGAAUAUUAGUUGGAGUUUCUGGCCUACAUCAUAUCUUUUGUGUAUAUAUAUAAUUUUUUUAAACUUGUUGAUUCAGAUGUCUUAGUUCCUGAGUCAGUCUUAGAUUACUUAGGGAUUCCAUUGUUAAAAAUUGUAGAGAAUUAAAAGAAUUGACAUUUUUUUCUAGAGGGUGGCACAUGGGUAGGAUGAGUGUGCUUCUGAAAACUUUAUUAGUGUAUUACUGUGGAGAAUACAAGAAAAGUUGUUUUUGCCCAUUGCUAAAUAAGAUAUACCAUUUUGUAUUUAUUUGUUCCAAGUGUCUUUUUGUAAAAUGAGAAUAAAAAUAAGAAAUUA